AUGACAGCUAGAAAAGAGAAACCUAAAACUAACAUUCAUAAGUCAGCUGAGGAAAUUAUUGCUAAGAAACGACAAAUGAAUGCUAGAUAUAAGAAGAACUUGCAAGAAAGAAAACAGGUUUUCAAAACAAUAAAAGGGAAGAACAGUGUUGUGACAAAAAUAUCAUUAUGGGUUGAUAAGAAUAAGAUUUUUCCUAUUGUUAAGAAAUCCUCACACGGACCCAAGAAGGCUUGGGUUCCUAAAUCUCUCUGCAUUUUGUACGUAAUGCGUGACGAACAAUACGACUCUGAAUGGUACAUCGACAGUGGUUGCCCGUGUCACAUGGCUGGAAUGAGAGAAGAACUAAGAGAAGCCCGAUCGUUGAAGGAUGGUGGCAGAGUAAAGUUUGGAAACAACGCCACAGGGGAAAUAAAAGGCUAUGAGAUAAUUACUAAUGGAGAAUUCUCUAUCCGAAAUGUAGCUUAUGUAGAAGGUCUGCAACAUAAUCUAAUCAGUGUGUCUCAAUUGGUUGUAGGUGGUGGGAUAAAGUUUUCUUUUGAUGAUGAGGGAUUUUAG